CUGCGCCCCCUAGCGCCACUCCUCGCACACCGCGUCGCUACUGUAUUGUGUAACCGGGACUGAUCGCACAGCUUUUACCGGAAAAAAGCGCAUUGGUGUAAUCACUGUGGAAUUAAAAAAGACAAAAAGAGGGGGAAAGAGAGUAUAGAGGCUAUAUGUGUCUGGGGAAAUAAGGAGAGAAGAGGAAAUAAAGAGAAAAGGACCGAUAGCUAGCUUCUCCGUGCAGCUGAGCGAGGCCCGACACCCACCGCGGGGAGGAAGCGCUCUGGCCCGGCAGCAGCAUGGCCAACAUCGCGGUGCAGAGGAUAAAACGGGAAUUUAAAGAAGUUCUCAAAAGCGAAGAGACGAGUAAAAAUCAGAUUAAAGUGGACCUGGUGGAUGAGAACUUCACAGAACUAAAGGGGGAAAUAGCAGGACCGCCCGACACACCUUAUGAAGGUGGUAGAUACCAGCUAGAAAUUAAAAUUCCAGAAACAUAUCCGUUCAAUCCGCCAAAGGUACGAUUUAUCACGAAGAUCUGGCAUCCCAACAUCAGCUCAGUAACUGGUGCCAUAUGUCUGGACAUUCUAAAGGACCAGUGGGCAGCAGCCAUGACACUCCGGACGGUGCUGCUGUCUCUACAGGCUUUAUUGGCAGCUGCAGAACCAGACGAUCCACAAGAUGCAGUAGUGGCCAAUCAGUAUAAGCAGAACCCAGAGAUGUUCAAGCAGACGGCCCGACUCUGGUCACAUGUUUACGCAGGUGCUCCUGUCUCUAGUCCGGACUACACACGCAAAAUAGACAAACUCUGUGCUAUGGGCUUUGACAAAAACGCAGUAAUAGUGGCGUUGUCGUCGAAAUCCUGGGAUGUGGAGACAGCGACAGAGCUGUUGCUUAGCAACUGAACCCAGCGUGGGGAGCAGAAGCACCACCACCACCACUGACCCCCAAUUUACCAAAUUUUACCCCCCACCCCCCGCCCCACGUGACUCUGCCCACAUCAGACCUGGAUUCAUGAACAAAUUGCACCCGAAUACCACAAGCCACACUGUCUCUCACUCUCUCUUUCUCUCUCUUUCCAUUUCUUUCUUUCUCUCCCCUUCUCGGUCUUUCUCUGCUUACCCUUUCCCCCCAUUUCAAUCGGUCUAUCCAUCUAUCCAUUUUCUCAUUCUUACUGUCUUUCGGUUUCUUUCGCCCUCUUCUUUUGGGUUCAGCGUGCCUUUCUUUCUUACUUUCUUUCCUCUACAUUCUCUCAUCUCUCCUUCCUUGUCUGAUCACAUCAUUCUCUCUAUCACCUUCAGCCUCCUCCUCCUCAGACUGGUAAUGUGAUUCUGAUCUAACUCUUACCACCAGGCUGGACCGUCCCCAACGCCACCCACAUUUUCGCACAAUCACUUGAGCCCCUUUUAUGUGGAAUUCCAUUUUUACAGUGACAGUAAGUCAGACAAGCAAAAGAAAAUUACACCAGUUCUCAUCACUCUUCACAGGUAGUGUUAUCUCAACCAAUCAAGACUGGAAUAUAGUUUAAAAAAAAAAAAAAGUGAGAAAAGAAGAAUGAAAAAGAAAGAAAAUCACCCCACUGAACAAAACAGCGCUUGCAGAAACGUCAGAAGAAAACGAAAAGAUUUCAUCUGUAAAUAAAGCUAUUAAAGUCUGUAUAAAUUAAA